AUGGAGCUCAACCUCCAACUGCCAAAGAUAGAGAGGACAAACAACGAAGACAUUGAGCUGCCGUAUCGCUCCACCGUGGGGCGCCUCAACUACAUUGCGCUUGCCACACAACCCAACAUUGCCUUUGCCGUCAACUCCCUCAGUCGUCACGUCAACGCCUUUGGACGUCAACACUGGAAGGCAGCAAAUGGAGAUGCUGACGACCACCCGCUUGGCUUCGCCAAUGCCAACUGGAGGCGACCAAAAUGCAUCGCCACGUCAACCACCGAAGCCGAACUCAACGUGCUUGUCGAAGCGAUGAAAGAGGCAGUCCAUCUUCACGACCUCUACGGCGAGCUUCUGCCGACCCGCGACUACCCGAUCACGUUAUACUCCGACAAUCAAGGGGCUCUGACGAUCGCCAAUUCGAAACCUGGAGAACACGUGCAACGCUCCAAACACUACGCCAUCAAAGUGGCUUUCCUACGCGACCAGGUCGACACUCAUGGGGCGCGCCUGCUCUACGAACCGACCGACACGAUGCCGGCCGAGACCUGCUGA